AUGGUCCAAGUUUACAACAUAUUCUGCGAGGGCAAUCCGAGCAAUUUCAAUUUAAUGCUUGCUCUAUUGCCUACGUUCGUCUCUAUUGUUCUUAUGUUUUUUGUGAGAAUAUAUGAAGCAAACAUAGUUGAUGACGUGAAGCAAUUGAAUGGUUUCCCUAUUGUUGCUCUGAUUAUUGCUGGUUAUCUCAUGAUUACACUAGUAUUGAAAAAUAUUUUUAGUUUGCCAUUAUGGGCGCACAUUAUUAUGUUUAUAUUUAUGUUGCUUCUACUUGCAUCACCACUUGGAAUUGCAAUCAAAGCCCAGAUGGAGGACUCCAAGAGACUUUUGCAAAUGUUUUCUAGUGAAAGUAAUCAUUCAAAGGAGAACCCAGCCAAGGACACUCUAGCAUAUCAUGAAUUACCCGAUGGAGAAGGUCAAGUUAAUGCUGCUUUAGAUGACAAGAUUCUUCCUUAUGAAGAGAGCAUGAAUCUUUUGCAAGCCUUGCGUACCAUUAACUUCUUCUUGUUGUUUUUGGCCAUGGUAUGUGGAAUGGGCUCGGGACUAGCUGUGAUAAAUAACUUCAGCCAAAUAGGGAGAUCUCUCAAUUACACUGCUGAGGCGGUUGAUAAUUUGGUCAGUUUAUGGAGUAUAUGGAAUUUUGUUGGGCGUAUUGGAGUUGGGUAUUUAUCUGAUUAUUUACUACACACAAGAGGCUGGACAAGGCCGUUGUUGAUGUCUAUUUCUCUAGCAGCAAUGACUACUGGCCACAUUGUUUUUGCUUCUGGUUUGCCUGGAAUAUUAUACAUAGGUUCGAUCCUAGUGGUCAUUUGUUAUGGUUCACUGUGGUCACUAAUGCCCACGAUCACUUCAGAGAUAUUUGGUGUUAGGCAUAUGGGUACUAUUUUCAAUGCUAUUGGUUUAGCAUGUCCUAUUGGAUCCUACAUUUUCUCUGUGAGAGUUGUUGGGUACAUUUAUGACAUGCAAGCAACUGGUGAAGAUCAUUCCUGCUUUGGUACUCACUGCUUUACGCUGUCUUUUCUAAUCAUGGCAUCCCUAGCUCUCUUGGGGUGCCUUGCUGCUAUUGCAUUGUUCUUUCGUACUAGGCGAUUCUAUCAAUUGGUUGUGAUUUGA